AUGAAUCGUUGCCUGGCAAUAUUCGCUUACAGUCGCAGCUUUCAUCUCCCUACCACUCGAAUCACUGGUACCUUACUAUACUCUCAUGUUGCUGGUCCCUUGAAUCAGAAGACUUACGCUUUGGCUCUAUGUCGGUUACUAUCCUAUACUCCACCCCACCACCGACGGCCCCCUGACCCUGACGACCCCUCCAACCUGAUGAGAGAAGAUGGUGUCUCAGUUUGUUCCCAAAUGUGGAUUGAGAACUUCCGUGAACCGGACAGAACAGUCACCAACUUGACCUCUUUUCUACGUCGGUUUGAGUUGUGGGUUCUAGCCUAUCAGAAAGUUUGUGCUGAUGAAAUCGGAACCUAUGUACCUCGUAGCGCUAUUCAGAGGUCAGCAUUGGAGGAUUUGCUUGUGCUUAGGAAUGCUGUUCUGGAUGGUAGAUUCAAGUGGGGGGCUAGGUUGGAUUUCUUUAUCAAAUCUCCCAAGGAUAAGACUGAUUAUGCCUCAUUGUCCAAGAGGAAGAUCAAGGCGAUUCUCACCACCACGCAGCCUGCAGCUUUCCAGGAUAAGAUAGUCCAGGAGGUGUUGUUCUUGAUCCUGGAGCCUGUUUAUGAAUCCAGAUUUUCACAGAAGUCGUUUGCAUUUAGACCCGGGAGGACUGCUCAUACUGUAUUGAGGGUGGUUAGGAGGAGUUUUGCUGGGUACUUGUGGUACUUGAAAGGAGACUUGAGCACAGUUUUGGAUGGAAUGAAGGAUAGUUUUGUGAUAGGAGCAUUGAUGAGGGAUGUGAGGGAUAAGAAGAUAGUUGACCUGAUCAAGUCUGCUUUGACCACACCGGUGAUCAAAACUGCAGUGGAGCCACCAAAGAAGAAGACAAAGAGGAAGCACCAGAAGAAGAGAGUUCUGCAAGAGGAUGAGCCGAAGCCGGAUCCGUAUUGGCUAGACACAUUUUUCGGUUUUGCACCCGAAGAAGCUGAGAAACAACCUUCAUGGGGCCACUGUGGGAUUCUUAGUCCACUACUAGCUAACGUUUGUCUCGAUGAGUUGGAUCAAUGGGUGGAGGGAAAGAUCAAGGAUUACUAUUCCCCUUCGAAGAGUGACGUGAUAUGGAAUACCCCAGAAGGGGAAGCAGAACAAGGCAACACUUCCUGGCCAGAAUUUGUGCCGACUAGCGGCCCUGAUAAGACCAGGAAAAUGGACUAUGUCCGUUACGGUGGUCAUAUCUUGAUCGGUGUCAGGGGUCCCAGGGCAGAUGCAGCUACGCUGAGAAAGCAGUUGGUCGAAUUUGUCGAUCAGAAGUACAUGCUCAAGCUCGACAAUGACAGUCUUCCCAUUGAACACAUAACAAAGGGGAUCAUGUUUCUCGACCAUGUUCUAUGCAGGAGAGUUGUAUAUCCUACACUUAGAUAUACCGCCACUGGAGGCAAGAUCAUCAGCGAAAAGGGCGUGGGGACUCUUCUAUCAGUCACUGCCAGCUUGAAGCAAUGCAUCAAGCAGUUUAGAAAGCUGCAGUUUUUGAAAGGAGAUCGAGAUCCAGACCCACAGCCUUGCUUUCGUAUGUUCCACGCCACACAAGCUCAUACCAAUGCUCAGAUGAACAAGUUCCUAUCGACCAUGGUGGAGUGGUACAGGUAUGCUGAUAACAGGAAAAAGAUUGUCAACUUCUGCUCCUACAUUUUAAGAGGUUCACUAGCAAAGCUCUAUGCUGCUAAAUACAAGCUACGUUCUCGUGCUAAGGUGUACAAGAUUGGUGCUCGAAAUCUUAGUCGUCCUUUAAAGGAGAAGAAAGGUUCUUCCCCUGAGUACCAUAAUUUGCUGAGAAUGGGGCUCGUGGAGUCCAUCGAUGGGCUUCAGUACACUCGAAUGUCACUUGUUCCUGAAACCGACUACUCACCUUUCCCAAAUAACUGGAGGCCCGAUCAUGAGAAGGCUUUGCUCGAAUAUAUAAACCUCGAAGAUCCCCAGAGGCUGGAUGAGCAGCGGUCCCUGAUUAAUGAACAAGGUCUGAUCUCACCUCAGGAUUACAUAUCCAUGCUCGUGUGGAACUACAAGAGGAAUGCUCUUCCCAUGGAUCAUCAGCUUUCUAUCUCAUCGACAGCUAGCAUCACAGCUACAGAGCAGACUUUACUCUCUGGAGUAGAAAAUCAGACCAGCACAGAAGAACAUAUGGAGCAUAGGACAACGACUAGGUUAAUUGCAGCACAAAUGUAA